AUGGGUAGCACAUCCCAUUCACAAGAGCCCGCCAGCGAGCCCAUCGCCAUCAUCGGCCUGUCCUGCAAAUUCGCCGGCUCCGCAGACAGUCCCGAGAAGCUAUGGGAGAUGCUCGCAGAAGGACGGAACGCGUGGUCGGAGAUUCCUGAGAGCAGGUUCAACCAUAAGGCCGUUUACCAUCCUGAUAGUGAGAAGUUGGGGACGACACAUGUCAAGGGGGCUCACUUCCUAGAGCAAGAUGUCGGCUUGUUCGACGCGGCAUUCUUCAACUACUCCGCUGAGACUGCUGCUACGCUCGACCCGCAAUUCCGCUUCCAGCUGGAGUCUGUAUACGAGGCUCUCGAAAAUGCCGGCCUAACAAUCCCCUCCAUCGCCGGCACAAACACCUCCGUCUACGCCGGCGUCUUCACACACGACUACCACGAAGGCCUAAUCCGGGACGAAGACAAACUGCCCCGAUUCCUCCCAAUCGGAACCCUCUCCGCCAUGUCCUCGAACCGCAUAUCGCAUUUCUUCGACCUCAAGGGCGCCAGCAUGACCGUCGACACGGGCUGCUCCACUGCGCUGGUCGCGCUGCACCAAGCCGUCCUUGGCUUACGGACCGGCGAAGCAGACAUGUCCAUUGUGUCGGGGUGCAACAUCAUGCUGAGCCCGGAUAUGUUCAAGGUGUUCUCGAGUCUGGGGAUGCUGAGCCCCGACGGGAAGAGCUACGCGUUUGAUUCACGGGCGAACGGGUACGGAAGAGGCGAAGGCGUUGCGACGAUCAUCGUGAAGAGGCUGUCUGAUGCGUUGCGGGAUGGGGAUCCAGUGCGUGGCGUGAUCCGCGAGAGCUUUCUGAACCAGGACGGAAAGACCGAGACCAUUACUUCGCCCAGCCAGGAAGCGCAGGAGGCGCUGAUCCGUGAAUGUUAUCGACGUGCUGGGCUCUCGCCGGCAGACACGCAGUACUUCGAGGCGCAUGGGACGGGCACUCCCACCGGUGAUCCGAUCGAGGCGCGCUCGAUUGCGGCGGUCUUUGGGGACCGUGAGCAGCCGCUGCGGAUUGGCAGUGUCAAGACGAAUAUCGGACAUACAGAAGCUGCCUCUGGUCUUGCGGGGCUUAUCAAGGUUGUGCUGGCUAUGGAGAAGGGGUAUAUCCCGCCGAGCGUGAACUUUGAGUCUCCGAAUCCGAAGUUGAAGCUGGACGAGUGGAAGUUGAAGGUUGCGGAGAGGCUGGAGGAGUGGCCGGUGCCUGCUGACCAGCCGUGGCGGGCGAGUGUCAAUAACUUUGGAUAUGGAGGGACGAAUAGCCAUGUUAUUGUUGAGGGAGUACCGAGGAGGCAGCUAGAAAACGGACAUGUCAAUGGCAAGGCCAAGGUCAAGACAGAAAGCAAAGUGCUGCUCUUUUCUGGCCGCGAUGAACAGGCUUGCCAGCGGAUGGUUUCCAACACGAUGGAAUACCUGCAACAGCGCAAGGAGAAAGAGCCGGACAUGACGCCCGAGCAGGUCAACGCCCUCAUGCAGAACCUCGCCUGGACCCUCACCCAGCACCGAACGAGGUUCUCCUGGGUUUCCGCAAUUCCCGUUAAGUACUCAGCCUCUCUCGACACCGUCAUCGACGCCCUUGAGUCCCCAGCGCCAACAUCCAAGCCCGUCCGGAUCCCGGACACCCCAGCCCGCAUCGGCAUGGUCUUCACCGGCCAAGGUGCACAAUGGCACGCCAUGGGCCGCGAGCUGAUCACCCCCUACCCCGUCUUCCGAGCAACCCUAGAUGAGGCAGAGCGGUACCUCAACGAACUAGGAGCGGACUGGUCUCUCACAGAAGAAUUGAGCAAAGAUGCUGGAACAACAAGAGUCAACGACACAGGCCUCAGCAUUCCCAUCUGCGUCGCCGUGCAGAUUGCUCUCGUUCGCCUCCUCAAGAGCUGGGGCAUCACCGCGUCAGCAGUAACAUCCCACUCGUCCGGCGAGAUCGCCGCCGCGUAUACAGUCGGUGCUCUCUCACUGCGUCAGGCGAUGGCCGUCGCAUAUUACCGCGCUGCCAUGGCCGCCGAUCCGACGCUGAGAAGUGCCGAUGGGCCCAAAGGCGCGAUGGUGGCUGUUGGUGUGGGCAAGGAUGCAGCGCAGGGGUACCUGGAGCGGAUUGGCAAGUCCGCCGGUAAGGCUGUUGUUGCGUGCAUCAACAGCCCCAGCAGCAUUACCAUUGCCGGUGAUGAGUCGGCCAUAGUCGCAGUUGAGAAGCUUGCCACAGAGGAAGGCGUCUUUGCACGGAAGCUCAAGGUUGAGACAGGAUACCACUCGCACCAUAUGGAGCCGAUCGCAGGCCCAUAUCGCGAGGCCCUCCGUGCUGCUUUGGCGAAGGAUGAGGUUGAGGUAAAUGGUAAGAGCCAGGAUAUUCCUGGCUUUACUGACGCAGUUGAGAAGGGCAGCUUGGAUAGCAUCAUCUUCUCGUCCCCCGUCACCGGUGGCCGGGUGACAAGCGCCAAAGUCCUUUCUGACCCUGAGCACUGGGUCCGCAGUCUGCUCCAGCCUGUCCGCUUUGUUGAAUCCUUCAGCGACAUGGUGCUUGGCUCGACGGACAGCAGCAACCUCGAUGUCAUCCUCGAAGUCGGGCCUCAUACAGCCCUCGGCGGACCCAUCAAGGAGAUCCUCGCCCUGCCCGAAUUCAACAGCAAGAACAUCAACAUCCCAUACAUGGGAUGUCUAGUCCGCAAAGAAGACGCGCGCGACUGCAUGCUCACGGCAGCACUUAACUUUCUGUCCAAGGGCCACGCUGUCGACCUGCUGCAUCUGAGCUUCCCAUCCGGUCUUCCCCAGCUCCAGGUGCUUACCGACCUCCCCUCAUACCCCUGGAACCACAGCAUCAGGCACUGGUCAGAGUCGCGCCGCAACGCCGCAUACCGCAAGCGCAGCCAGGAGCCGCACGACCUUCUUGGUGCGCUAGAGCCAGGGACAAACCCCGACGCCGCGGCGUGGAGGCACAUCGUCAAGCUCUCUGAAGCACCCUGGCUGCGGGACCACGUUGUCCAGGGGAACAUCCUCUACCCGGGUGCUGGCUUCGUGUGUCUCGCCAUCGAGGCCAUCAAAAUGCAAGCUGCGAUAAACGGUACCGAGAACGUGACAGGGUUCAAGCUGCGUGAUGUCGAGAUCCACCAGGCGCUGGUCAUUGCAGAUAACGCCGACGGCGUCGAAGUCCAGACGGUCCUGCGGUCUGUGGAUAGCAAGACAAUCGGCGCAAGAGGGUGGAGGCAGUUCGAGAUCUGGUCUGUCAGCGCAGACAGUGAGUGGACGGAGCACGCGAGGGGUCUGAUUACCGUUGACACCGAGACAAAGUCGCACAUGGCUGCUGGAAGCUCUCUCGAUGAAUCAGGCUACACGCGCCGCAUUGACCCGCAGGACAUGUUCGCCAGCCUCCGAGCGAAGGGCCUCAACCAUGGCCCCAUGUUCCAGAACACAUUGAGUAUCCUGCAGGAUGGACGGGCGAAGGAGCCGCAGUGUGUCGUCGAUAUCAAGAUCGCCGAUGUGUCGAGCAAGAAGGAUAGUGGGCGCAUGAGCGUCUUGCAUCCGACAACUCUUGACUCAAUCGUACUCUCUUCAUAUGCUGCAGUCCCCAGCUCUGAUCCGUCCAACGACGACAGCGCCCGUGUGCCCCGAUCGAUCCGCAAACUGUGGGUGUCAAGCAAGAUCAGCAGCGCCCCUGGGCAUACAUUCACCUGCAACGUCAAGAUGCCGCACCAUGAUGCGCAGAGCUACGAGGCAAACGUCAGCGUUGUUGACGGACCAGAGGCCAUGGUUGAAAUGACCGGGCUUGUCUGCCAAUCGCUCGGCCGCAGCGCACCAGCCGAAGACAAGGAGCCCUGGACGAAGGAACUCUGCUCGAACGUGCAAUGGGGCCCGGACCUUGCCCUCUCGCUUGGCCUUCCAGGCGCCCAAGACGCAAUCGACAAGCGUCUCAAUACCCUCCGCGACCAAAACCCCGAUGACAGGAGUAUCGAGGUGCAGACGGUUCUCCGCCGGGUCUGCGUCUACUUCAGCCACGAUGCAUUGUCAGCCCUGACGAAGGAGGACAUCUCGAAUCUCGCGUCCCACCACGUCAAGUUCUACAAGUGGAUGCAAGACACCGUCAACCUGGCCAACUCAUGCCGCUGGAGCUCCGACAGCGACACCUGGAUCCAUGACUCCCCGUCAGUGCGAGAGAAGUACAUCGCCCUCGCUGACUCCCAGACCGUCGACGGAGAACUCAUCUGCCAGCUUGGCCCGCUGCUCCUCCCCAUCCUCCGAGGCGAGCGAGCCCCGCUGGAAGUCAUGAUGGAGGGACGCCUGCUAUACAAGUACUACGCGAACGCCUACAGACUCGAGCCCGCCUUCGAGCAGCUCAAGUCCCUGCUCAACGCCGUGCUGCACAAGAACCCGCGCGCCCGGAUCCUCGAAAUCGGCGCGGGAACAGGCGCCGCAACUCGCCACGCCCUGAAAACACUCGGCACAGACGAAGACGGCGGCCCGCGCUGCGAGAGCUGGCACUUCACCGACAUCUCGUCUGGCUUCUUCGAAGCCGCGCGCACCGAGUUCGCGACGUGGGGGAAUCUCCUUGAAUUCAAUAAACUCGACAUCGAGCAGGAUCCUGAGGCGCAGGGGUUCAAGCUGGGCAGCUAUGAUGUCGUCGUUGCGUGCCAGGUUCUGCACGCGACGAAGAGCAUGCAUCGCACCAUGAGCAAUGUGCGGUCGUUGAUGAAGCCCAACGGCACGCUGUUGCUUAUGGAGACGACGCAGGACCAGAUCGAUCUGCAGUUUAUCUUUGGUCUGCUGCCUGGGUGGUGGUUGAGUGAGGAGCCGGAGCGGCACUCGAGUCCCAGUUUGAGUAUUGGCAUGUGGGAUCGCGUGCUUAAGGGCGCUGGGUUCACGGGCGUGGAGAUUGACUUGCGUGAUGUGAAUGUUGGUACGGAGAGUGAUCUAUAUGGGAUCAGCAAUAUUAUGAGUACGGCGGUGGAUGUGAGCUCUAGCCCUAAGGUGGGUGCCAGCAAGGUGGUCAUUGUGACGAGUGAUAAGGCCUCUCCAAAGGGGGAAUGGCUGAAGGGACUACAAGAGGCUAUUGCUCAGGCUGCUGGGGAGAAUGCCCUCCCAGAAGUUGUGUCUCUUGGGUCACCCUUUGUCACGGCAGACACCUUCAAGUCCAAACUGGCCGUCUUCAUCGGCGAGCUCGAUGCGCCUGUUCUAGCCUCCCUCGACGCCACCGACCUAGAGGGUAUCAAGACCAUGGCCCUCGCCUGCAAAGGCCUUCUCUGGCUGACCCGCGGCGGCGCAGUGGAAUGCACAGAGCCCGAAAGCGCCCUCGCCUCAGGGUUCGUCCGCGUCCUGCGCACCGAGUAUCUCGGCCGACGGUUCCUGACUCUUGACCUGGACCCGUCAGAUACGAGCAGUGAAGCUGAAAUUUCUGCCAUCGUGCACGUCCUCAGUUCCCGACUUGCCGCUGACACGCCCGCCCCCAUCGAAAGCGAGUUCGCCCUGCGCGACGGCCUCCUCCUCGUCCCGCGCCUAUACAAGGACGUCGUCUGGAAUGCUCUCCUAGAGCCCGAAGUCCCCGACUGGGCUUCUCCCGAGUCCAUUCCCGAAGCUCCUCUCUUCCAAGCCAAGCGGCCACUGAAACUGGAAGUCGGGAUUCCCGGGCUACUGGAUACACUAGCCUUCGGCGACGACCCCGACGCCCUUGAUGCCAGUAUCCCCGAUGAGAUGGUUGAGAUUGAACCCCGCGCGUAUGGGCUCAACUUCCGCGAUGUCAUGGUUGCCAUGGGUCAGCUCAAGGAGCGUGUAAUGGGUCUCGAGUGCGCGGGUAUCAUCACGCGCGUUGGGGCUGAGGCUGCGGCGCAGGGGUUCGCGGUGGGAGACCACGUCAUGGCGCUGCUGCUGGGGCCGUUCAGUUCUCGUGCACGGGUGACAUGGCAUGGUGUGAUAAACAUGCCCGAGGGGAUGAGUUUCGAAGACGCAGCGUCCAUUCCUAUGAUUUUCACCACAGCAUAUGUGGCCUUGGUGCAGGUCGCAAGACUGUCUCACGGACAGUCCGUCCUCAUCCACGCCGCGGCUGGAGGAGUCGGACAGGCUGCAGUGAUGCUGGCUAAGGACUACCUCGGCGCGGAGGUGUACGCAACCGUAGGCUCACAAGAGAAGCGCGACCUCCUGAUCAACGAGUACGGCAUCCCCGACGACCACAUCUUCAACUCGCGCGAUGCCUCCUUCGCACCCGCUGUCCUCGCCGCAACGAACGGCCAGGGCGUCGACUGCGUCCUCAACUCCCUCGGCGGGUCUCUGCUCCAAGCCAGCUUCGAAGUCCUCGCGCCGUUUGGCUCCUUCGUCGAAAUCGGCAAACGCGAUCUCGAGCAGAACAGCCUGCUUGAGAUGGGCACCUUCACCCGGGCCGUCUCCUUCACCUCCCUGGACAUGAUGACUCUCCUCCGCCGGCGCGGAAACGAAGCGCAUCGCGUCAUGAGUGAGCUUGCACGCUUGGCUGGCCAGGGCAUCAUCAAGCCCGUCCACCCAGUGACUGUGUACCCGAUGCGCCAGGUCGACAAGGCAUUCCGUCUCCUGCAGACAGGAAAGCACCUGGGAAAGUUGGUGCUCUCGACAGCACCAGACGAGGAAGUCAAGGUCCUCCCUCGCCCAGCUACACCCAAACUCCGUCCCGACGCAUCGUACCUCCUAGUCGGGGGCGUCGGAGGCCUCGGCCGCUCCCUAGCAAACUGGAUGGUCGAGCACGGCGCAAAGAACCUCAUCCUGCUCUCCAGAAGCGCAGGCAAACAAAACAGCAGCCCCUUCAUCAACCAGCUCCGAGCCGCAGGCUGCCGCGUCGCCGCCAUAUCCUGCGACGUCUCCGACGAGAACGACCUCGACCGCGCCCUCACCACAGCCUCAACCCUCGGCCUCCCCGCCAUCCGCGGCGUGAUCCAGGGCGCGAUGGUCCUGCAGGACUCCAUCCUCGAGCAAAUGAGCAUAGCCGACUGGAACGCCGCCAUCAAGCCCAAAGUCGCCGGAACACGCAACCUUCACACGCGCUUCUCAACCCGCAACUCCCUCGACUUCUUCGUCAUGCUCUCCUCCCUCUCCGCGAUCCUCGGCUGGGCAAGUCAAGCCUCCUACGCCGCAGGCGGAACAUACCAGGACGCCCUGGCCCGCUGGCGCACCGCACACGGCCUCCCCGCCGUAUCGCUCGACAUGGGCGUGAUCAAAGACGUAGGCUACGUCGCGGAAUCACGGACCGUCGCAGACAGACUGCGGAAAGUCGGACAGUCCCUCCGGCUGUCUGAGGACUCCAUCCUCGCAACCCUGGCGACAUCCAUCCUGCACCCCUUCGGCCGCCCGCAGCUCCUGCUCGGCCUGAACUCCGGCCCCGGAAGCCACUGGGACCCCAGCAGCGACAGCCAAAUGGGCCGCGACGCGCGGUUCAUGCCGCUGCGGUACCGCAAGCCUGCGUCUACUAAAUCUACCGCGACCACAGCAGCAGAAGGCGAAUCUGAACCGCUCUCGUCAAAACUCAAGUCCGCAGACUCCCCUGACACAGCGGCUCAACAUGUCGGCGGCGCCAUUGCAACCAAGCUAGCGGAUAUCUUCAUGGUCCCUGUGGCGGACAUCGAUCUGGCUAAACCGCCGAGCGCGUAUGGCGUCGACUCGCUGGUUGCCGUGGAGCUGCGCAAUAUGCUGGUCCUCCAGGCGGCGUGUGACGUGAGCAUAUUUAGUAUCCUGCAGAGCGUGAGUCUUGCGGCGUUGGCGGGGAUGGUGGUGGAGCGGAGUGCGCAUUUCGAGGGCGUGAGCGGGGCGAUCGCGGUUGCUGCUUGA